AUGGUGUUCAACUUAGAGAAGGCUUACGAUAAAGUGCCGAGAGGGGUGUUGUGGAGAUGUUUGGAGGGGUCAGCCCUUAGCCCAUUUCCGUUUGCCCUGGCAAUCGAUGCGCUGACGCAACGCAUUCAAGGGGAGGUACCAUGGUGCAUGUUAAUUGCAGAUGAUAUUGUACUGAUUGAUGAGACGCGAUGCGGUGUUAACAAGAGGUUAGAGGUUUGGAGGCAGAUCCUGGAGUCUAAUGGUUUCAAGUUGAGCAGGACCAAAAUAGAAUACUUGGAGUGCAAGCUCAGUAGCGCGACUCAGGUAGUGGACGAAGACGUGCGGCUUGAUUCACAGGUCAUUCCUAGGAGAGAAAGUUUUAAGUACAUUGGGUCUGUUAUACAAGGGAAUGGAGAGAUCGACGAGGAUGUCAUACAUUGUAUUGGGGCGAGAUGGAUGAAAUGA